AUGCUCAGAAGGAAGUUUUUCAGAGACGGAGAGACGCCGCUGGCCGCCUCCGCCACGUCGGGAACCACCAUGGACGAGGUAAGCGCGGCGGCGGUCAGCCCUGCGACGGCCUUCUCCUUCAGGGAGGCCCUCACCUCGAACCUUCCGGCGGUCCUCGACCCCGCCGGACAUGCUCUGGAUGUCCGCAGGGUCAGCGGCUUGAAGAAGGCGUCCGCGGCCGGCAGCCUCUUCUGGCUGGCUUGGAUCGGCGACAUCGCCAUGGAUACGGCGGUGGUGGCGGCCAUUGGUGCCUGUUUGAUCUUGUUGGAUUGGAUGUGGAACGAGAAGUUGGGUGUUAGGAUUUUAGGGAUAGUGAGAGAUGAGAAAGGGGAAGAAUGCGAGGUGGAGAAUGGGAGAGGAUCUCAAUUUCCAUCCGACGUGGCAGCUUCUGCUCGGGUUUGUGGUGGAGUGGAUAAGACGUUCACCAGCGCCAGUAACAGAAAUUCCCCUGUCAACAUAGCUGAUCUGUACUUCCUGAGGCAAAAGACGGUAAGUAAUGUCGAGCUCCACAAAUAUUUUCUUGAGCUCAAACACCAAAGCCGAUCUUCGUUCGCCUCUCUCCCCAGAAUUUUGGAAAUUGAUUGUGUGGGUCACAUAAAGGGCCAUCAACAUCUUGUUUACAUCUACAAUCUCCUUUACUUGCACGCUGUGACUCGGGCUCCAGUGCUGAGGCUUACUCUCCAAUUAGUCUAUAUUGUAGAGUUGAAGAAUAGGGAAAAUAGCCUGACGGCAGUCGAUUCCGAAUUUUGGUCCAAUAUCCAAUUUCAUAAUGACGGAAAAAACUUCUCAUCUCAAACAUUAAUUUCGACUGAUCAUGAUGUUUUGAAAUUCAAGAAAAUAAAUCGUUGUCAAUAG